AAUGUCAGUCCACACCAGCCAGCAGAGGGCGCCACACACCCAUCUAUCUCUGUCUGUCUGCAUUUACCUACUUAAAACGUAUGACUGAUUGAUUAAUUGAUUGAUUGAUUGGCUGAUUAACGCGAGAGGAGGAGCAGGCUCCAGUGUAAAAUACAUGAUGUACCAUGUAGCUGUAUACACCAGCUCUGCUCAGGCACCCAGUGGGAGCGAUGGGGUUAAUGUAAAAAUCCUUCCGCUACUUCCUUAUCGCUGUCAUGCUGCUGCUUCUCUCUCUUCUGAGAAAUGCCUGAAUAAUUUGAUGCGGUUGGAGAAAAACGAGCACUGCUGUUUGAGAUAAAAUGGGCGAAACAAGACGACGAGCUUUAAAAAUAGUUAUUCAGAUAACUUGCCAACUUCUAUGGGUGGCAGGUCUGGUGGUAGGUCUGAGUGGUAUGUACCUGUUGUUGAACUACAGACACAAUGGCAUCUUCUUCACCCACACAUACAUCAUCCUCCCAGCAUGCCUAGCUCUGGCCAGCGCUACUCUCCUAUUGGCCAGUGGAGGACUGGGCAUCUGGGUGUCCCUCAGAAAGUCAGCCUUGCUGCAGGGCGUGUUUGUCUAUCUGCUGGUUGUGGUUUUCUGCCUGGAGGCAACUGCUGCUGCUCUGGCCUAUGUCAACGCAGGAAAGGUGGACUCAGAGCUGGCUCCCUUCAGUAGUGUUUUUCAAAGAUACACAGGAAGAUGUCAGGACCCAUACUCCGAUGCUGUGGACGCCACACAGAAAGAGUUGCAGUGCUGUGGAAUCUAUGACUACCGUGACUGGUUGGCCACGCCCUGGUUUAACCACAGUGGGCGGGGCAGUGUACCUCACAGCUGCUGUAAUUACACCUACCACACCUGCAACGGUACCCUGGAGCUGCCCGGGCUACUAUAUCCAAAGGUAUACACACACACACACACACCAGCCCUAGCCCUCUGUGGUGAUCCAAAGGGCUGCCAGGUGAAGCUGGAGGAGGCCUUGCUUUUUGUUCUGCAUCUCAUCAUCUGGUCAUCUCUGGCAGUGGCGCUAGUGGAGACUGUAGGGUUUGUGAGUGUGGCUCAGCUGAUGAGGGACCAGCCUCUGUUGGAGUAUGGAAUACUGGACAGGGAGUAUGGAAUACUGGACAGGGAGUAUGGAAUACUGGACAGGGAGUGGGCCUGAACCAGAGUCUCAUCUACUUUAGAUAUACUAUGUCCUGAACCUUGGUAAAGUUCAUGAUGCUGUGGACCUUAAAGCCCCAGUGCAGUCAAACAUUUGUUUUGUUUUUUUGUGUGUUUUUUUUGUGUUUUUUUUGUGUUUUUUUUUUUCCUCCAGUGUUUUAUAUCAUAUUUCCACACAGGUUGGAAGAAUACUACGAAAUUGUGAAAAUGCUGAUAAUGCCCUUUUAGUGUAAGCGCUGUUUGAAGACUGCUCUCUAGUGGUGUUGUGUGUGUGUGUGUGUGUGUGGUUCUAGUUGUCUGGGCAGCUCCAGGGCCCCUAGGGUACCAUUACAGGUAAUUGACGUAAUCAUCCCCGAUCUUGUUGGUGAAGCUACUUUAAAAGAGUGAUUAUCUUGCUUUCACUAAACUAAUGUAUACACAUCUGUGAAGGAAGAUGUGCUCUAAAAGUGUCCUACACUUCUGCAUACACUUCCUUCGUUUCAUAAGGAUCAACUGGAAUAUGUCAUGGCCACAAUGUUUUGUUUUUGUUCACUGAUGUAGAUGCAUGCUUGUUAAAGAAGCCACUCUAUCAAAAACAAUUGUCAACAUGUCACAUGUCCUGCAGAUGACAUAUUAAUGACAUGUUUACACUGCCCUGCAUGUCUUGAGUAAUUAACUUGUUGAAACUAUGUUGUGUGGCUAUUGUUUGAUUGUAACUUACCUGUAUGUAGCUGGGUAAUUCUGCAAUUUAGGGCAUUUUGGCCCUGCAAGCUUUCAGAAAUGAUAUGUUAUUGAAACACCAUUUUACCAGUAUAAUUCUUUGAUUUGUCUAGAAAAUAUCUGAUAAUGGCUGCUAUCGUCCUAUUCAGGAAUGUACAUAUUUUUCUCAGACAGCCAUGGACACAUUUUAUUUCCAUCACGUCAUUAAACAUACAUUUUUGUUAAAAAUGAAGUAAUUAAUUUAACACAUUUCUUAUACAUUUGUGUAUUGAGUAUUUUAAGAGAUUUACGGUUAUCCUGAUAUGAAUAAUUCAACAUGACGCCUGAAUUUAUAGACUUGCCUUUGUGACAGCUGGAAAAAGAUAAUAAAAAUAAGAUACCCCCCCAA